AUGUCGGGCCUGGCUGAAGGCGCCCAUGCCAACCAUGGCGGCUUCGAUCUUCUCCGACGUGCCACCCAAGCGAUGAUGUCAAACGACAGUGGUGCCCCCAACGACACCGUCGACGACGUUGUUGCGCAAGGCGAGUGGUGCCCGCGUAUUACAUCACCAUCUGGUGCAGGUUGGCCAAGCUCCAGCGUCGGGUCGGCGGGAACGCGAGUCAGCCACUCGCCUAGCCUCUCAUCCGAAACUGCCUUCGAAUGA